CACAAUAACAAGUAAAUGUUACAUAUUUUACAUUACUUAGAGGCCAUUGUGACAUGCAAUGAAACAACAAUAAAGGUAGAAGUGGAGAAGUCCUACCUCAUCAGACGCAACGAGGACAACUUGCAUCUGAAUGACUUCACAGAUCCUGCCUGCAACCUGACAAGGCUCUCCAACACAACCCACCUGGUGGCUGUCAUGUCACUGAACACCUGUGGGACCCUUGUAGAGGAGGAUGACGAUAACAUCAUUUUCAAGAACGAGAUCACAUCUGCUGACACAACUCAAAUCAUUUCCAGGCAACAUGAUGUUGAGAUCGCAUUUCAGUGUGCCUAUCCAAAGCGAACCAACCUUACCCUGGGAUUCACGCACAAAAACCCCUAUGCCUUCACAGAGAAAGGCUUUGGUGCCUUCACCUUUGACUUUGAAUUCUUUGAGAGCCAGCGAUUCAGGAAACAAGUUGAUGCCAACACCUACCCAGUGGAAGUGUAUCUCAAACAAAUGAUAUUCAUGCAGAUCAAAGCAACCACCUCCAUCCCCAACACAGAGCUGUUUGUGGAGUCUUGCAGGGCAACUCCCUAUGACAACCCCAACUCUCGAAUCAGCUACACCAUCAUCCAAAAUGGGUGCGUGAAGGACAAGACAGUGCAGAUUUAUCCCAGUUCCAAGUCUCAGUUCAGAUUUGGAAUGGAGGCUUUUGAAUUCAUCGGUGCUCAUGAGCAGGUGUACAUUACCUGUUCAGUCAUUCUGUGUGAGACUGGCAUUCCUGGAACCAGGUGCUCUCAGGGAUGCAUCCAAUCCAACUCAGGGAAUCAUCGCAGCAAAAGAGAAGCUGUGGCUCAGACUAGCAGGCACUCCAUUUCCCAGGGACCUUUGCAUCUGGCUAAAGUGUCUGACAGCCAAGUGUCUGGCCCAAGCCUGAAUCUGGGCAUGAACCUGGUCUUCAUUGUUGGCUGCCUCCUGGUCUGUGGAGUGGUCAUUUACCGAACAAAGAGGUCCAAGGCUAAAUACCAACCCCUGCCAACCUCUGAAACAGACCGAAGACAGAGAUCCCUUUUUAGUCCACUCAGAUGAUGAAAGAGAUUCUCAGCUACAGUCAUUGUUUGUUUUUUUUUUUCAGGGUAUUGAUGGUUUGAGCAUGAA